UCUUCUUCCCCAAGGAACCAAAAUACGAACAAACGGUUACUAAAAUGAAGAAAUCCCUUCUCUUACUUUUCUUUUAUUUUCUCCAUGUUUUUGUUCUUGCAUCUGCAGAUCCUGUUUAUGACUCCUUUGUUCAAUGUUUUACGGAGAACAAAAUCCCAGAUUCCCAAAUUUCGAGUAUACUAUAUACCCCCGAGAAUCCCUCCUUCACAAAUGUUUUGGAAUCCUAUGUCAGAAACCGCCGUUUCAAUGUCUCUACCACCCCCAAACCCAAUAUAAUUGUUACCCCCACGUCGGAGGCCCAUGUCAGUGCCGCAGUCCUAUGUGCCAAGAAACUCGGCAUCCAGCUUAAGAUCCGCAGCGGCGGCCACGAUUACGAGGGCAUUUCUUAUGUAUCUGACACCACCUUCGUCAUACUCGACAUGUUUAACUUCCGGUCGAUCAACGUCAACAUGGAGGAUGAGACCGCCUGGGUGCAAUCCGGCGCUUUGCUUGGUGAACUCUAUUACAGAAUCUGGGAGAAAAGCAAAGUCCAUGGAUUCCCCGCCGGCGUUUGCCCCACAGUCGGCGUGGGGGGCCACAUCAGUGGUGCUGGUUAUGGCAACAUGCUUAGGAAGUACGGGCUCACAGUUGAUCACGUGAUUGACGCACAAAUUGUUGACUCCAAUGGCAGGGUUUUGGACAGGGAAUCCAUGGGGGAGGAUCUUUUCUGGGCAAUUCGUGGCGGCGGAGGUGCUAGUUUUGGUGUGAUUUUGGCGUACAAGAUAAAGCUAGUCCCGGUGCCACCAACUGUCACUGUUUUUCGAUUGGAAAAAAGCGUGGACGAGAAUGCAAUAGAAGCUGUUUUCCAAUACCAACAAGUUGUCGACAAGCUUGACAAUGAUCUCUUCAUCAGGGUUCUUCUGCAGCCAAUUACAAGGAACAAGAAGAGAUCUGUUCGGGCGACGUUCAUCGGUUUGUUUCUUGGUGAUUCUACCCGGCUUUUGUCCAUCACGGGUUCUGAAUUCCCGAAAUUGGAGUUGAAAAAAUCGGAUUGCCAUGAAAUGUCGUGGAUUAACUCUGUUCUUUUCUGGGGCAAUUUCGAUAACACAACUUCCCCAAAUGUGUUGCUAAGUAGAAAUCCUGAUUCAGUUAACUUCUUGAAACGGAAAUCCGACUACGUGAAGACCCCGAUUUCCAUAUCCGGGCUGGAAUCACUGUUCAAGAAAAUGGUGGAGAUAGGGAAAGUGGGAAUGGUUUUCAAUUCCUAUGGUGGAAGAAUGAGCGAAAUCCCAGAAUCAGAAACCCCUUUCCCUCAUCGGGCUGGGAAUAUUUUUAAGAUUCAAUACUCCGUGAACUGGAACGAAGAAGAUGAGGAAGCUGACAACAAGUACGUGGACCAGAUUCGGCAGUUGUACAGUUUCAUGGAGCCAUUUGUUUCCAAGAAUCCUAGAGAAGCAUAUCUCAAUUACAGGGACUUGGACAUUGGCACCACCAAUAACGGUAAAAACAGCUACAGCGAGGGACAAGUGUACGGGGUGAAAUAUUUCAAGAGUAAUUUCGACAGGCUGGUAAGAAUCAAGACCACAGUUGAUCCAGAAAACGUUUUCAGAAAUGAACAAAGUAUCCCCGUGCAGCCCUUUCGAGGAAGAAAAGCAAGAAAAUAGAGGUUCAUGGAUACACGCACCAAUGAUACUUUUAGUAGUGGGUCAAUGCUUGACUCUGGCUCCAUUUGUCAUUCAAGUCUUUAGACAUAUAUAUAACUAGUACAGCGUUUCACGGGAUUCCUUAUCAACAUGUGGCGCCAAUUUAUCCAAGUUUUUUAACGUGCAACGCCAGCUAGCUAGGCUUUUUGUUCACGGAAUAUCUGAUGGAUGUCCUGUUUAUACUUUAUAGAAUCGAUGUUUGAAGUUAUCGUAUUUAUUACUGAAGAUAUUAAUUAGAGAGACUUGUUAGAGUUAAUAGGAUGUAUUAGGUUAUAUAAACAAUUAUUUCUGUAAUUUUGGCUAUUAAUACAGACGGAGUGAGAAAUUUUCUGCUAUGUAACCAACCGAAAGGAGAAUGAGAAUCCAAGUUCGGUGCAACGCAAUUACUGAAAAUUUUAAGCCAGCGUAUGCGACGUGCGGAGCCCCUUAGCAAGAUUCAAAACAUGCUCUCCUAGAAUGUCCUUUUGCUAGGCAAGCCUGAGCCCUUGCUGACCUACCAUGGUCUGUUAUUUCACAAUGGCGAGAUGGUACAGAGGACUGGAUAGGCCAUGUUAAGAAGGGUCUUGUUCAAUUCUUUUGCCGUCCUAUGCUGGAUGCUUUGGCAGAGUAGAAACAAACGGGUGAUGGAAAAUAAGCACAGCUCACCGGUGGAAGUGGUAGCGUCAGCAAGAAGUUUUCUACAAGACUUCCAGAAUUGCAUCAUUCGAACAAACCCCCCAGGCAAAUCUUCAGCACCAACCUGGUCUCCACCCAAGCUAGGUACGAUCAAAAAUAAUUUUGAUGCUUCGGUCGCGAAGAAUAAGGUGGAGCAGGGUUUGGCAUUAUUGCAAGAGAUCAUGAAGGCAAUUGUGUUGCAUGGUGUACUAACACUCCACUGGGAGUCACGAAGCCUGAACACUGUGAGGCAUUAGCAGCACGUCUGGCGGUGGACCUUGGAAUUGAGCGCAUUGGCGUAAUUGCCUUGUUGAAGGAGAUUGCAUUCUAGUGAUUCAUAAAUUAUUAGUGGCAAAGGAGGAUGCUUCCGCUAUUGGGCCAAUUAUCUCAGACAUUCUCCAUUUGU